UGAACAGGUUGAUGUAAGGGGGCUAGAGUUAGAACGGACACGCCCCUUAAAGAACAGCAAAAAAGGAAACACCCACCUGAACAGAUACCGUGUACAUCAACCAAACUUUUGGUUGUAUUCUCUGAUCCAUCAUACAACACGAACGGCUUUCUUCAUCCCUUUAAUCUUUCUUAAAAUGUCGCAGUACCCCUACAUCCCGUUUCGUCGAGCGUAUAGUUUAAGUGGGAUUGGUUCCUCUAAGCGUAUGUCUGCUUCGACUUUAUCAACGCCACGGUCAUCCGUGCACGGCGGCGUGGGACUUUCGUUGAGAAACGUCGGCUCGAUGAGUUUUGAGAACAAUGACAAACUGGCCAUGCAGAACCUCAACGACCGCCUCUCCACUUACCUGGAGAGGGUGCGCUCCUUGGAGUCUGACAACGCCAGGCUCGAGCAGACGAUAAGGGAGUGGAGCCAGGGUCGUCCGGUGGAGCGGGACUACAGCGAUUUUGAAAGAACCAUCAAUGAACUUCGCUGCCAGGUCAGUACUGGGUCAAGAGGCAACGUGAAGACAAUGCUGCAGAUUGAUAAUGCUCGGCUGGCGUCCGAUGACUUCAGAAUCAAGUACGAGGCUGAACUGCUGCUGCGGCAGUCGAUGGAGGCAGAUGUGAUGGGCCUGCGGCGGACGAUGGAUGACAUGACCUUAGUGCGCGCUGCCCUGGAGGCACAGGUGGAGGAGCUGAAUGAAGAGCUCAUCCACCUGAAGAAGAGCCACCAAGAAGAGGUGAUGGCGCUACGGACUUGUGCAGGUGGCAAUGUGAGGGUGGAGGUAGAUGCUGCGCCUCAGGAGGACCUAUCCCGGCUGCUGGCUGACAUUCGGACCAAGUACAAACGCAUUACUGAGGAGAACUGCAGGGGGAUGGAGGCCUGGUACAAUGAAAAGUUUACCAGCCUGAACCAGGUAGUGUCCCUCAGUUCAGAGGUCCUGGAGUCCAGCAAGGCUGAGCUGUCAGAGCUGCAGCGCACUGCUGAGACCCUACAGAUCGACUUGAAGUUCCACCGUAGCCUGAAAGCCACUCUGGAGGGGGAUCUGCAGGAGGCGGAGCAUAAGACUGCACUGGAGCUGCAGCAGCUGCAGACGAAGGUGCACCAGAUGGAGGAGAAGCUGCAAAUGCUGAGGGCCAGUAUUGCGCAACAGUCCAACGAGUACAGCAGCCUUCUGGACCUCAAAACCCUGCUGGAGAAGGAGAUUGCUCAGUAUAGGAAGCUGCUGUCGGGGGAGAACAAAAUCAUCUUGAAGGAGACAGAAGAGAGCACGAUGACCUGUAAGGUGAGGACUAUUGUGGAGGAGGUGGUGAAUGGCAAAGUAGUAUCCUCCCAGGUGGAGGAAGUGGAGCAGCAAAUCUGAGGUCCUCAUCUUAACACAAUUAACUGUUGGGUCAAUGAAUAAGUUAUGAAUCAGAGGAAACAGAUCUUGGAUGAGUAUCUUAUUUUUAGUCAAAUCCCUUUUCAUUGCUGGGAACUUCACUAUAAAAAUUC